GACUUCGGGCCCGGUCCGGGCAUCUCCUCCAUGGAGGCGAGCGGCGGCGACCCGGGGCCCGAGGCCGAGGACUUCGAGUGCAGCUCGCACUGCUCGGAGCUGUCGUGGCGGCAGAACGAGCAGCGGCGCCAGGGCCUCUUCUGCGACAUCACCCUGUGCUUCGGCGGCGCCGGCGGCCGCGAGUUCCGGGCCCACCGCUCGGUGCUGGCAGCCGCCACCGAGUACUUCACGCCCCUGCUCUCCGGACAGUUCUCCGAGUCGCGCUCGGGCCGGGUGGAGAUGCGCAAGUGGAGCUCUGAGCCCGGGCCCGAGCCCGACACGGUGGAGGCUGUCAUCGAAUACAUGUACACCGGGCGCAUCCGCGUCAGCACGGGCAGCGUGCACGAGGUGCUGGAGCUGGCCGACAGGUUCCUGUUAAUUCGUCUAAAAGAAUUUUGUGGAGAAUUUCUCAAGAAGAAACUUCAUCUCUCAAAUUGUGUGGCCAUUCAUAGCUUAGCUCACAUGUACACCCUGAGCCAACUUGCUCUGAAGGCUGCUGACAUGAUACGGCGAAACUUUCACAAAGUGAUUCAGGAUGAGGAAUUUUAUACCUUACCCUUCCAUCUUAUUCGAGACUGGCUGUCCGACUUGGAAAUUACAGUUGAUUCUGAAGAGGUUCUCUUUGAAACUGUUUUGAAGUGGGUUCAGAGAAAUGCUGAAGAGAGGGAGAGAUACUUUGAAGAACUGUUUAAACUGCUCAGGUUGUCCCAGAUGAAACCCACCUACCUUACUCGGCACGUCAAACCAGAGAGGCUGGUAGCCAGCAAUGAAGUUUGCGUCAAGUUGGUGUCUGAUGCAGUGGAGAGGCACGCCCUGAGGGCUGAGAACAUACAGUCUGGCACGCUCCAGCACCCCACAUCUCAUGUCUCGCUGUUACCUCGUUAUGGGCAAAACAUGGAUGUGAUCAUGGUUAUUGGAGGUGUGUCGGAAGGAGGGGACUAUUUAAGCGAAUGUGUGGGAUAUUUUGUGGAUGAGGACAGAUGGGUAAACCUGCCCCAUAUUCAUAAUCACCUCGAUGGACAUGCUGUUGCAGUGACAGAAUCCUACGUGUAUGUUGCUGGAUCCAUGGAGCCAGGGUUUGCUAAAACUGUAGAAAGGUAUAACCCAAAUUUGAAUACAUGGGAGCAUGUUUGUAGUCUGAUGACAAGAAAGCAUUCUUUUGGGCUAACAGAAGUGAAAGGGAAGCUCUAUAGCAUUGGGGGACAUGGCAACUUUAGUCCUGGCUUUAAAGAUGUGACUGUUUAUAACCCUGAGCUUGAUAAAUGGCACAACUUGGAAUCGGCACCAAGGAUUCUUCGUGAUGUGAAGGCGCUAGCCAUUGAAGACCGGUUUGUGUACAUUGCCGCCCGCACACCUGUGGACCGGGACACUGAAGAUGGAUUAAAGGCUGUAAUUACUUGCUAUGAUACAGAGACUCGACAGUGGCAAGAUGUGGAGUCUUUGCCACUUAUUGACAAUUACUGCUUUUUCCAAAUGUCUGUGGUCAAUUCAAACUUUUAUCAGACAGCAUCAUGCUGUCCCAAGAGUUAUUCUGUAGAAAAUGAAGAGGCAGUAAGAAAAAUUGCCAGCCAAGUGUCUGAUGAGAUCCUUGAAAGCUUGCCUCCCGAAGUCCUAAGCAUUGAGGGAGCAGCCAUUUGCUAUUACAAAGAUGAUGUCUUUAUUAUCGGGGGCUGGAAAAACAGUGACGAUAUUGACAAACAGUAUCGGAAAGAAGCCUACCGAUACUGUGCCGAGAGAAAGAGGUGGAUGCUUCUUCCUCCCAUGCCGCAGCCUCGUUGUAGAGCCACAGCCUGUCACGUGAGGAUCCCCUACCGGUACCUGCAUGGCACACAGAGAUAUCCCAUGCCUCAAAACCUGAUGUGGCAGAAGGACCGCAUCCGACAGAUGCAGGAGAUUCACCGGCACGCCCUGAACAUGCGGCGCGUGCCGAGCUCCCAGAUUGAGUGCUAGGUUCUCGAACAUGCAGCUUAACGCUGCUAAACCGUCUCGUGAGGCUGAAGCUAUCCAGACUGUUACUUGAAAAAGUAUGUUGAUAACUUAUUUUCUACGUGAACUGAUUAUGACCCCAUAUAAAGAUAGUACAGUUAAAAACAAGAGAAGGAGAAACUCCGUUCAGUAUGUGGUAAUUUUUGUUAGCUUGUGAUCCCUAGCUGUCUCUGGCUUGUCUAUAUGUGCUAGCUGAACAAGAGCUUAUUAAGGACAAGUGGAAAGCUCAGCUGUACUUAAUUGACUGUUUUUCUGCCAACAAGUAAUAAUUCCUUUGUCUUGGGGACUUAAUGUUUUGAUUAUACUUUAAGCACCAAUUUUAUUUGCACUUUUAAAAGUGUUUUUCAGAAUGGUUGGUUUUGACAAGAUCAGAAUUUAUGCAUUGAGCCCUCAUUUACAGGAGGUAUGUGCAAUAAUGAGACUGAAAUUUGAAAGAAAAUGCACAGUAUUUUCAGCAAGGUGAUUUCAGAAUGUUGGCAUUGAUAUUUUCUUGUGUUUAUCUAGAAAUGCUACUUUCAUUUCUAGAAGAGGUGUCUGAUGAGAAAUUUGUGAUUGGCUCAUGCAUAUUUUGAAUAUUUUUCACUUCUUCAGCAGCUGUUUAUAGACUUCAAGCCACUGCUCUGAGAUAAUGAUAUUUGGCAAAAUAUAGAUCUUUAGCUGAUUGACAGAACACAGAGGAAGUUAUAUAUGUGAAAUUUGUUUCUCUAAGAAGAAAAGUAUUAGUGUAGACUGAGAUAUCAAAGGCAUUUAAAAAUUGUAAACACUUUUUUCAGGAGUUGCAGGCUUAUUUGAGGAUAUGUUGAUGAGUGUAAAUAAUGCCUAUGACAAUCAACACUCAAUGCCUUCAGUUUUAAUUUUUGCUCUAAUGCAUAGUGUAUAGAAUCUUCAUUAUUCCUUUCUACAAGAAGUGUUUUUUUCAGGAUGGAAAGGAAAGCGAUAACUUUAGAUGUUGCUGGAGAGAAACCUUGCUAUUUCUUACCCUGAUUGUUACAUUGUAGCCAGUUACCCAGACUUUUAUUGACACUUUGAGCCUCGAAUACCAAAUUUGGGUGCAUAAUUUUGACUCUUAAAGAUUUAUCACUGCAAUUAUCUUUUAUUUAGUUUUGUGCUUUCACCUAGUUCUCUUACACAUUCCCAAGCUUUAUAAAAGUUAGCACUCAGGUUGACUCUUCAUGCUCAUUAGUUAGCAUAAAGAACUCCUGUUCUAAUGGUUUACAGUGUG